AUGGAGGGCAAGAAGGCCAAGAUCCUCGCCGGCGUCGCGGCCGUCGUGUUUGUGGCUCUCGAGCUCACCUUGUUCCUCAGCUUCCGCCUGUCGAGGCCGUUCUACCUCUCGACGGCGGUCAUCCUGUCGGCCGCUCUGGCGGGCACCGUCACGGUGCUGCUGUGCCACGCGCUGAGCCACCAUGGACGGGCCGAGCGCAUGGCUCGGCGCCCGGUGCUGGACGGCGUCGAGGAGGUCUCGGUGCGCGUGGAGUACAGCUACUUCCGCAAGGUCGCCGGGCUGCCCAGCCGGUUCUCGCUGGAGGCGCUGUCCGCGGCGACGGACGGCUUCCAGUACGUGGUCGGGCGGGGCUCGUCGGGGACGGUGUUCAAGGGCAUCCUCGACGACGGCACGUCCGUGGCGGUGAAGCGGAUCGACGGGUCGGCGCACGUGGACAAGGAGUUCAGGUCGGAGGUGUCGGCCAUCGGCAGCGUGCAGCACGUGAGCCUGGUCCGCCUCCUCGGCUUCUGCCUCGUCCGCAACGGCCCGCGCUUCCUCGUGUACGAGUACAUGGAGAACGGGUCCCUGGACAGGUGGAUCUUCCCGCAGCACGGCGCUGGCGCCGGCGGGCGGUGCCUGACGUGGGUGCAGCGGUACCAGGUGGCCGUGGACGUGGCCAAGGCGCUGGUGUACCUGCACCACGACUGCCGCGCCAAGGUGGUCCACCUGGACGUGAAGCCGGAGAACAUCCUCCUCGACGACCGCCUCCGCGGGAUGCUGUCGGACUUCGGGCUGUCCACGCUGAUGGGGAAGGAGCAGAGCCGGGUGGUGACCACGGUGCGCGGCACGACGGGGUACCUAGCCCCGGAGUGGCUCCUGGGCGCCGGCGUCACGGAGAAGUCGGACGUGUACAGCUACGGGAUGGUGCUGAUGGAGAUCCUCGGUGGGCGGCGGAACCUGCAGGCCGAGCCAGGCCCCAGCGGCGGGUCCUCCCGCCGGUGGUCCUACUUCCCGAAGCUGGUCGCCGAGAGGGCGCGGGAGGGGCGCGUGGUCGAGUUGCUCGACCGGCGCCUCGUCUCCUCCACGGUGGACGAGGCCAGCGUGAGGCGGCUCGCGCACGUGGCGCUGUGGUGCGCGCAGGACAAGCCCGGCGCGCGCCCCACCAUGGCGCGCGUCGUGGAGAUGCUGGAGGCCAGGGGCGGCGCCGCGAGCGUGGACCCGCCGCCGCCGUCGGACAUGGUCCUGGUAGACCUGCUCGCGCUCGACCCCACGCAGACGACCGGACCGUUCGGGCUCCCCGCGCUGCCACCGGGACCGGGCUCCGCGGGGACGGCCGCGUCGUCGGCGAUGAGCAUGGGCGAAUCGUUCGCGCUCUCUUACCUGUCCGGCCGGUAG